AUGCGCUGGCUCCUAUUCACGCAUAAAGACUCGGAAAUCACUUGCUCCAAUGACAUAGGAAGGUUGAGAACGCAUGGCCUAGAACAGAGAUACCUCAGUCCUACCACUGGACUCUGCCGACAGCUCAAGGUGCAAGCCAUCACACCCUCUGGCAAAUUUGAAGUUUCCAUCAAGGAUAACACCAGCGAGACCUGCAAACUCGCCAUAUGGCUGCUAACCCAUUCACCCUUCAAAGGAUGGAUUAUUUUCAAGUGGAUCGGAAAAUCACUGUGGUUUGCACUGAAGCUAUUGUGGCCAAUUGUCUGGUUUCUCGUGGAACUCUACUUCAACAGUGGUAACUCCGGGGAGGAUGAAGACACAUCGUACAACACAGGAUACUACAGACCGUAUCUUCGCCAGUUUCAGGGUCAGCUGUGGGCAGCCCGUUCUCGCACGGAGCAUUCAUUGCGUCUGAAAGAGGAACCUGGGACAAAUACCCGUACACAUACCUGUUACCCUCGAGUUCUCAUGAUCCGCGGCUCAAAUCGGAAUGAGUGGGUUCAAUGCGUAGAUCGCAACACCAUCAUCCACACUAAAUACAUCGCCAUCUCUUACCGCACAACUGACAUCUACACUCAAGGCCCACAUGAGAAGAAAGAAAAGGCACAGUUCACAGACGAAGUUCGUGCGGCAGUGCUUGGACAGCAAUUCAAUGCCUACUGGCUCAACCUGGAGUGUUUAGGGGAGACUGAGUCAGAGCAGAAUCUGGAUGCGUACUGCAUGUCAGACGUAUACCGUAGAGCAGAGACGACUUUGAUCAUGCUUGGGAGAGCUGACUCUGGAGAGAACGAGUGCUGGAUGAGCUGGGGCGGACAGGUAUGGACUUUCCCAGAAGCCCUCCUGAGCUCUCGGCUUUGUUACAAGUUCCGGGAUUGGAAAGAAGUCAAGGCGUUGUCGUUGUUUCAGCUGGCUAACCUGGCCUAUACGAACUCCGAAGAUGAGCAAGCAAUUGUCAAUGCAUACGGUAAUGGGAAGGAUCCACUUGAGAGGCUGGAGCGCUUGGCACUCUUGAAACAAGCUAUAUGGCGGCGCGCUAUGGCAAGUUUCCCAACACUUUCUGGCCCUCCUCUCCAGCCAAAGUCGGACGUGGUAUUAGGUGGGGGGUACAAGCCACACAAGGCGGAGCGAGUUUAUGCACUCAUGGGCUUUUUUGACCACCGCAUUCAGCCAAAUCACGAUGAGGAUGAAUUACAGGCACUCGCGAGGUUGUCGAUGGCCAAUGAUAACGACCGUAUCACUGAGCGCAUGGUAUCCAUGUUUCCCUCAAAUUCCACUCCAGGCGCGUCACGGCGCUGGUACGCUGAUAAUGACAUCUAUCACGCGAAUCUUUGGGACAUCCUUCCGGAGAUUCAAGUUGCUGGUGUGACAGGCAAUGGAGCUCUCGUUUUGGACGGCUGUCGGGCAGCAGCCAUCAGAUGGAAGAACUUCCCAGAUGUUGCAUUUGCGAAUACAUAUUCGCUGACGAGGACAGUUGUCGGUUCCAUACCAUAUUUCUCCUGGCCGUUCAUUGUCAUUGGGGUAGGAAUUAUACCGGAUACCAGCAGAGCAGGAGGCAUUGUAUUCAUUGUCUUUGGAUUCAUUCGCCUCCUCCUUUCCCCUGCACUACUUCUCUAUGGCAAAUCUGGGCGUAUAGUCACUGCGCAACCAUGGUUGAUCGGGGUCAAAGGAGUGAUUGACCGAGAAAUGGUAGAGGGCCACUUAUACGGGGGUACCAUUGCCCACUUUCCAAAGAUAGUACACCUCCCAACGGUGUAUCUCACCCCCAGCAGUUCACCGUUCUCAACUCUGGAACAACUUGCAAGACGGAAAGGCUCAGACAAACAAUACGAGGAUGCGAAGGAACAAGAGAAGAAUGGACCUGGACACAUGUACACGCUCAUCGACACAUACUCGUCGACUAUGUAUUAUUUCUGUGCCGAGUGA